UACUACCAUAUAGCUAUGGAUUCAGUUUCGGUUUGGGUACGGCGCCGUGUUGUCUUGCGUCGUCUUGUUGUCUGACAUGGCGUCGUCCGUGCGGGAGGCGAGCGUUCAGAAAGCUGGUAAAACUCCCGAUUCUUGUGGUUCUGUUGGGGAUUUCUUUGAUCAAAACACAAUUAGUGAAUCCGAAGAUCAUGAUGGGUCGCCACAUUUUGGUUCUGAGAGGGAGGAUUCGGCAAACCGGCCGGGAUCGUCAAGAGCUGUUCGCCGGGUAUCUACAUCGCUCGGUCAAGAUUCCAUACCUCCUGCCCAACAGAGAGUGCAUUUUUGCCCCAAAAGAGCGCCCGGGGCUCAUCUGGGCAUUGCACUUCGCAGCGGUGCGGCUGAGUUUGGGAGAGCUCUCGACUUUUUUCAGCUGUUUUUCACAACUGAGGUUAUCAACAAAAUUUGUGAAAGCACAAACAAGUAUGCCUGGAGGCAUAUUUUGGAGAAAUCGGCGUACGCCGAGAAGGACGGAUCAUGGAAGGAAGUAACUGUCGAAGAGAUGACAAAGUUCAUUGGGAUUCUCAUCUACAUGGGCAUUGUGGAGCUGCCACGACUUCACCUGUUUUGGAAUUCGGGAAGCCUUUUCUCGGGUCUCCUUCCCCCGAAGGUAAUGACGAGAAGUCGUUUCUUUGCACUUCUCGGGAUGUUCCACGUAUCUGACCCAGACGCGGACAACGUCGCUGCUGGCGGGAAACUAGACGAAGUUUUGUGGCUGCUGCAGCACACGAACGAUACGUCAACGCGAUUCUUCCAACCCCAUCGUGACCUCUCCAUCGACGAAAGAAUGGUGACGUCGAAAGCGCGGCCCGGAAUUCGACAGCACGCUCGCGACAUGCUCACAAAGCGGGGCUACAGACUUUGGAUCCUCGCCGACUCGCAAACGGGCUACACGGUUCAGUUCAGCGUCUACAAGGGAAGACGAGAAAUGCCCAGCACCAACGGGUUAGCCUUUGACGUGGUUACGGGGCUGUGCCGCGACUACCUGGACCAAGGAUACACGAUCUUCAUGGACAACUUUUACACUUCGACGCCGCUCUUCAAGCACCUCCUGGAACGCGGCACGUUUGCCUGCGGCACCACGAGGAAGGACCGCCGGGGAUUCCCGCCCGAACUGAAGGACGCCGGGUGGGAGAGGGACGCGGACAGGGGCGACGUGCGCUGGCUGCGGGAGCACAACGUCCUCUACCUGCAGUGGAAAGACCGGCACGUCGUGAACCUCAUGAGCACUGCGCACACCGCCAACGAGCACGUCCCGGCCAAGCAUAGGGAGAAGAAGGGGGACGAGUGGACGGAGGUGACCGUAAAGAAGCCGCUGGUAAUCGCCGAACACAGCAGGGGUAUGGCGGGGGCGGACAAGUCCGGCCAGCUGAUCGGGUCCUACGACAUCCUCAUCAGGUGCGUUCGGUGGUGGAAGACGCUCUUCUUCCGCUGCGUCGACAUUGCCGCCGCCAACAGCUUCCUCCUCUUUCAAGAGCACCGGAAGCAGCACCCCGAACUUCCUCAGCUCUCGAGGCCGUCGCGUUACGACCAGCUGGCGUUUAGGAUUGAGCUCGUCCAGCAGCUCGUCGGACUGGCCGCCGCCGCCGUUGACGUUGACGUUAAACCUGCACCGAAGCCGCCCGCGAGCCGGGGAGCCGUUCGGAGCUGGAGGGCCGCCCAAAGCCACAGGCCGGAGAGACUCAAGAAACGGUGCAACUGCAAGAUGUGUUACGAGAAGACGAAAGUUGAACGCAAGACAAACGUGUUUUGCAAAGCGUGCUGCGUUCACUUAUGCUUUACUUCCUCGCGAAACUGCUUUGCCGAUUGGCACGGGCGUCAGGAGCCAUGACCGCGCUUCUUGCCACCUGUAGGCUUGUCGACGUAGGAUGCGCACAACUGCGGGCGUUUUGUUUCUGUUGUAAUAGACCUCUCACAGUUUGCAAACAAGUGAUGUCAGGGUCUACAGUGGCGCCGCAAACUUGGUAGACUGGAAGUAAUGGAUGGGGCGCAGAAAUUUGGGCACUAGGAAACUACGGAAAUGGGCAGGCAUUUGGCAAAAACGCCAAGAUAGUAAAUGAAAUGUAAAAGGAACGGAAAUGGAAAAGGAAUGAAAGGAAAGGAAAUGUAAAUAGGAACUUUAAAUAGACAUCUUUUUGGCUUUGUUUCGUGUUUCACGAUGCUCCAUCCAGGAAAUCAUGCUCCUUUGAGGGCUACGGUACAGUGCAAGAUUUGACAUCUCGUACACGAAUGCUGAGGAGGCAUAGAGCCCUGUUAUAUUGAAUAACACUUUUAGUUCUCCACCCUCGAAGGUCUGGAAAGGCCGAGAAAGGCGUAAUAUUAUUUUGAUCGAACCAAUGUUCUAGCAAACCAAGGUACUGAAGGAAAUCAAAUGCAAAAAGAAAGGAACAAAAGGUUAAAAAGGGCUACAAUUCAGUAGAGUCGAUAAAAAGACCAGCAACCCCCAAAAAUGCCGUAUUGUUUAGGCGUAGGCGCACAGUGCCUAAAAUUUCAGGCCCCGCUAAUAGAGUAAAAAAUUAAUAAGCAGCAAGAAGGCAACAUUAAUGUAAAACAUUGUUUCCGUGGUGAUCUCUGAACAUGCAGUGUGCUCAUCAUGUGGUGCUCAUAAAGACGCCAAAGUGGCUAAAAAUGUGUUGUGCGCUCUCGUUUGUAAACUCGUAUAAAAACUCAUAAAAACUAACUUGUGUGUACUUGUUACGAGGACACGACCCGUGACCACGUGAAGGGAGGGAUUGAAACCGGAACAGAACCGAAAACGGAGAUUUUUCGGCUUGGAACCCACGUUACUUUCAGGACCAUAACCGGAAUGUGACUGCAUUUCACCAUCAGCAAUUAACCGAAACUGUAACCUGAACCGAAAAAUGUGAUUUCGGUCACCAGUUUGUAUGAAUCGGUUUGUGCGUGAAUGUGAACAACUGUGGAUGCAAUAUUUGUGUUGAAGUAAAUCUCUUUGGCAUGUGUU